UUGUCGUAGAAUUGCCUAUUGCUGAUGUAACUGAAGUAUUGGAGAAAGCGAAUGAAUGUUGGUCUAAAUCUAAAAAUGAUCUGACCAAGUUAGAAUUGGAAAACUUCACAUUUACAAACCACAUAUUUGCUGAAAACAUUAACAUAGCAAAAAUACCUACCAUUAAAAAAAAGUCUAUGUUCAUUUUGCAUUCAUUGCCAGAUUUCGAUAAUGACCAGCUUAUCAUUGAAGGCUAUGUCCAGAAGGAAAAACUUCUUGAACUACGCAAUAAAGUCAUGAAUAAUAGCUGGUUCUUUCUAAUUGGUACCUCAGGGUCUGGAAAAACUCGUUCUUUAUUUGAGUUAUUUUGCCAGAUAUAUGGGAUUUAUUUCACAAUAAACGCUGAAAAUGGGCUCAAAAUGAAUUUGGGAUCGAAAGAUUUGGACAUUGCUAUUAAUGAAUUAGAAAAUUAUUUAACCAUAAAUCAUGAAAAGAAUACUCGGGUAGCACUUCGUUUUACUCGUGCUAUGAUCCUUGGUCGACUAUUUAUUUUGAACAAACUUCUGGAAAUUCAUAGUAACUUUACACCAAAGCAAUGGCUUUUAAUGCAACUCUUGCCAUGCACAAAUCAAUUUUGGAUUUCCAUUUCAUAUAUUUUUCGUAACUUAAAGGAAGAAGAUCAGAAUAUACUUAUUACUGAUUUUACCGAAAAAUUUAAAAAUCUGAUCCAUACACAAGAACAUUUACCAAUUGCGAUCGAUGAAUCAUAA